GUUGAAGAGAAACAAAGAUGCGUCUUUGAACACAGGAGUGCAUUUAGGAGCCUUGCACACACUUUCAGGCAAACUGUGAUUACAGCAAGACAAAAGUGGUGAGGCAACGUUCGGGCUCAAAUGGUUCCGAGACAUGUAAUAUGUUUGGAUCCUUGGAUGCUGCUGGUGUGUGUGUUGGCUCUCUGUGGUGAAGCUGAUGCAUUUUUUGAAUGGAUGAAGAAGCCGGCACCGGCUCCACCCUCGGUGCCUCCAGCUAUCCCCAGUCAUCCAACAGCUGUCCGUAGUGAUGCCUCACCAUUUGAGAUGAGUGUUACUGAUGAGAAGAUCUUGGCUGAGGCAAAACUUUUGGAUAUAAGUCCUCUUGACAGCUGCCAUUUUAGGGUUGUCUCCCAGCUCAAGGCUACCUGCAAUGGCCUUUCAGAAGAACAGCUGGCAAAACUGGGAGUGUCUUUGUUCAACUGCCAGUCAGAAGUAGAGGGACGCAGGACUUUCCUGUGCACUGAGGAAAUGUCCAUUAAAGAGUGCACAGCUGAAAUGGACUCGGAUACAUGGAACGCAUACCACAUUGUCAGCAACCGUGCACGCUCCGUGUGUUACGCCACACGUCAGCAGCAGUUUCGAAAGCAGACUGAGCUUACAGUAAAUGCUCUAAUCUCAACAGCAACUAACCAGCUUGAUGCCAUGAAAGACCUGAAGGAGGGUCAACGUGAACUACGGGAUAUGACUGCAGCGUCACUGGACAGGCUGCUGGAGGGUCACAGUGCUCUUCAGCUCCAGCAGGGGGCGCUAAAAGAAGGUCAGGAGCAGUUGGAUGCUUCAAUCUCUGCCAAUUUGCAGAGACUGGCACAGGAGAAAGCUCUAAUCAGCACUGGGCAGCAGCUUGUGGCGCAACUUAUCCAAGGAAUUACACAGAGAAUAGAGAAUGUCAGUGAGCAGUUGAAGGGUCAAGGGACAGAUGUGCAAGAAGGUCAUCAGGCUAUUCUGGAUGACCUGGCUGAAGUCAGAGGGCGUGCACAGGAGAUCUAUACUAAAAUGGAGCUUAAUUUAAAUGGGGUCCUGCAGCAGCAAAACACAACAGUCCAGUUCUACGCUGAGCUCAUGAAAAAACUGGAACGCAUGAAUGGCACUCUGGGAUACAUGCUGACCUACUUGGAUGGCAUGCAGAGCAGGCUAGAAGAUAGACUACAUAUGAUCCAAGGCUACCUGGGAUGGGCUGGUCUGAGUCUGCGUGCCGUGUGGAUAUGUGUGAUGCAUGCUGGAUAUUUCCUGUUCUCUGCGGUCCUGCUGUCGUUCCUGCAGUGUCCCACGUUCACCCGUGUCUCUCUUCUCAUCACGGUGCCCGUCAAUGCCAUCGCUGAGAUCAACCAGCAGUCGGCUCUCGACCUGGUCACGCUCUCUCUACUCCUCUUUACACUCUCAUUAGCACGUUGGUUUUUGCUGCAGGUGUUCUGGACCCUGUCUAACCUUAAGGGACAGAAGUGCAGUGAUGUUCAUGCUGCUCUUCUAGCUCCUCCAGUUCAGAAGACUCCUGAAAAAAACCCAAGCACUGCAUACAAUCCAGCAACCUCCCUCAUUCCAGCAACCUCCUCAACAUCUCUAGAUGAGGAUCUGGAGAGUGAUUUGCCGUCAGACAUGCCAUGUCUUGGUCAAGACAGCUUUAUGACCGGUGAUCCAUGUAUGGUGGCUUUAUCUCCUUCACACACGUAUGGGCUACCCAGACAUGGUCGUUUAUCGCUAGGCACCCCCAGCCAUUCUACACCCAGACUGAAGAGUCGACAUACCAUUGGAGGAGCUGUUCUUGAGAGCAUUACCCAGAGGAACCUUGGAGGUGUCUUUGAUGUAGGUAACCAGUCUCGGAGCUCCAGCCCCAAUGAGUCAGUCGCAAGCAACAGCUCUUUAUCAGGCCGUCCUCUGUGUAAUGGCACCACCAGGUUGGGACAGCCAUGUAAGAAGAGAGCAGUGGCCGGUCAGCACUUCUGUAGGGUUCAUGAAGGAGGACACAACUCCUACACUCACAUGUGAAUCUUCACAGUGCUCCACUGAUGGCACUUGCAUGUGUAUUGUGUUUGUAUGUUUUUUCCAAUAUCCGCACUUCAUUUGUUUUAACAUUUUAUCAUAAAGUCCUGUUUUUAUUCACCCUCUUCUAUGGAUAUGAAAUGGUCUAAUGUAUGCAUUUAUAAUAAAUUAUUAUAAAGUAUAAUUUGGAUUUGUCUUGUAAA